CCUGAGGCCACUUCGCACCAGUAUAUCCUCCUGUAAUAAUAACAAUUAAUUGAGUGGCCUCUUUCCAUCGUGCUAUUUCCCCACUUGAGCAGACCACACCUGUGCUUUGGACAACCUUGGAAGUCUUCAGCUUGGACUGUCUCAAUGCUGCACAGCUAAAGAGCAUCAAGCUUUGCUGCGCAUACGACUUUUCACAACGCCUGGGAGAAAUCCAGACAAACACAAAAUGCUGUGUAUAAACCAACGGCGCAUUGCGCCAUUGGGCCUAUGCAUAGUCUUCUUAUUCCUCUUCGUAUCUACUGCGAAAGCAGCAGUCCUCGGAAUCGAUUUCGGCACUUUACACAUCAAAGCCGCACUGAUCAAGCCUGGAGUCCCUCUCGACAUUGUUCUCACGAAAGACUCCAAGCGGAAAGAGGUGGCUGCAUUGGCGUUCAAACCUAGCAGGGACGAAAAGAACCAAAUCAUUACUGGCAAGGAUGUCUAUCCCGAGCGAGUCUAUGGCAGCGAUGCCCUUGCUCUGCAAGGCCGAUUUCCCAGCGAAGUCUUCCCCAACCUGAAGUUCCUCCUGGGUCUGCAAGCAAAUGAAGAGGCGGACGAGAAGAGAGCGGUGUACAAGGCCAGAUAUCCGGCUCUCAAGAUCGAGCACGAGGAGCCGCUUGGUGCGACAGUUUUCCGAAGCAGUGGAUUUGCGGAAAACACAGUACCAUUCACCGUGGAGGAGCUCGUUGGCAUGGAACUGGCAAACAUCAAGCGAAAUGCGCUUGCAAUGGCAGGCAAAGGUUCCUCUGUCGAAGAUGUGGUCAUCACUAUCCCUCCCUUCUUCACCGCCGAGGAGCGACGCGCCAUCUCGAGAGCCGCCGAUUACGCCGGACUCCGUGUCAACGCCCUCAUCUCGGACGGUCUGGCUGUCGGAUUGGACUACGCAAAGACGAGAACCUUCCCCCUUGUUACAAAGGGUGAGAAGCCAGAAUACCACCUCGUUUUCGACAUGGGCGCUGGAUCUACGAGCGCUACUCUACUCCGAUUCCAAUCUCGAAGUGUCAAGGAUAUCGGUCGCUACAACAAGACAGUGCAAGAAGUUGCUGUCCUUGGUGCAGGCUGGGAUCGCACUCUGGGCGGAGACAGCCUGAACCAUGUCAUCAUGGACGAUUUCGUCAAUAAGCUCAUGGCCAAGUCGGAUGUGAAGAGCAAGGGUAUUUCCAUCGAGGAGGUCAAGUCCAAUGGACGAACCAUGGGCCGAUUUUUCAAGGAGGCCGAGAAGGCGCGUCAGAUCUUGAGUGCCAACUCGGAGACCUCCAAUAGUUUCGAGGAGAUUCUGCCUGACAUUGACCUGCGCACAAAGUUGUCCCGUGCCGACUUUGAGGCGCUGGUGUCGGGAUUUGCCGAUCGCGUUGAGAAGCCCAUCGAGGACGCUCUCAAGAUGGCGAAGCUGACCAUGAAGGACGUUGACUCUAUCAUCCUUCACGGUGGUGCCGUAAGAACUCCCUUCGUACACAGCCGUCUCGAGAAGAUUGCUGGAGAUGCCAGCAAAUUGCGCAACAGUGUCAACGCAGAUGAGUCUGCCGUGUUCGGAGCGGCAUUCAAGGCUGCGGGUCUCUCAGCAAGUUUCAAAGUGAAAGAAAUCCGUGAUUCUGAUCUCGCUGCUUACACCACUUCGUUGUUCUACACCGACAAGGAGAAGGUCAAGAGGCAGGACCUGUUCCUUCCCAGCUCACAAUCCGGUUCGGGAGCCACCAUUAAGCAGGUGACUUUCAAGGACAAGGAAGAUUUCAAGUUCCAAUUCACCCAGGUCGUCGAUGACCGUCACUACCCAGUUCUUGAUGUUGAGUCUGUCAACCUUACACUUUCCGUGCAAGAGCUGAACGCCAAAUUCGGCUGCGAGAAAGCGGAUAUUACGACCAAAUUCAGCUUCCGCCUGGGCAGUCUGGAUAGCCUGCCGGAAGUCGUUGGCGGAAGUGUGAGCUGCGAGGUCGAUGAUGUACCCAAGGCUGGAAGUGUCGGCGACACUGUCAAGGAUUGGCUCGGAUUUGGAAAGAAAAAGGACCAGGAAUCCGAUGAGGGAGAGGAUGAAGCGCCUGUCGAGGAGAUUGACACUAGCACAUCCACGAAAUCGGCCAAGAAGAAGGAAGCGUCGACUGCAACUAGCUCUGGUUCCGCCGACUCUGCGAAGGCUUCGGAGGCUCCCAAGAAGCGCACCGAGUCCAUCAACGUCCAAGUGACGUCGACUCCUGCGGGCGGUCUGCCAGUGGAAAAGUCCAAGCUUCAGGACAUUCGCGAUCGUUUCGUGUCCUUUGACAGCUCUGAUCUUGCUCGACUUGCUCGUGAAGAAGCAUUGAACCUGUUGGAAAGCUUCACCUACUACGUACGUGAUCUACUGGAGAACACCGACUACGAGAGCGUGAGCACCAAGGCUCAGCGAGACGAGAUCAGCUCUGUGUUGCAAUCCGUCAAGGAAUGGAUGGAGGUCCCUGGCACUUUGGCCAAGGCUACUCGCGACACGCUAAAGGAGAAGCGUGAAAGUCUCAAGAAGCUUGUCGACCCAAUCGUCAGCCGUCGUAAAGAAGGCCAGAACCGUCCCGCCGUCAUCAAGAAGCUGCAAGAAUCUCUAGACUCCAUGGGCAAGCUCCUUGUCACGAUGGAGGACAGCAUUGCCUCGGCGGUUCAAGCUCAAAGUUCAGCUGCCGAAAAGGCCAAGACCGAAACUUCCACCGCCGACGCAGCCGAGACAACCGGCACCGAUGAUGAGCCCGUCGACCCUGAGGCUUCCGCGACAGCCACCUCAUCGGCAUCAAAAUCGACUACGACCACCGAAUUCAACCCUUACGCCAGCCUUGAUGUCUCCAGCAUCCGAGCGACCUACGACUCUGCAAAAGACUGGCUAGAGAAGAAGGUUGCAGAGCAAAAUGCCCUAGACACUUUCGCAGAACCCGUCCUCCGCAUCAAAGACCUCGAGGCCAAAAUCAGCGAGGUCGCCGACUCCAUGCGCGACCUAGUCUACAAGCAGAUGAAAGCAGCGACCAAACCCACCACUUCCAGCAAGAAAGCCAAGGCACCCAAGACCAAGGCCGCGAAGAAGGGCAAGAGCACCGCGGGCGGAGUGAAGAACGCUGACGACAUCCUUGGCGAGCCGGCUUCCGCCAACGAUGAGGAGACCCCCACCGGUCCUCCGCCCGCUGCUGAGCCUGAAGCUGCUGAGAAGCCUGCCUUUGGAUCGGAGAGCAUUGAGGAUCUCCUCGGUUCCAUCAGAGAGCCGAGGGCGAGAGAUGAAUUGUAAACGUAGAUAUGAUUUUCUAUAUAGAUCUGUCAUGGGAAUGAGAAGGAAUGUCACAUGUGGUGGGACCUCACAUUUUCCUUUCUUUGCUGUGUCUAAUUUGUGAG